AUGGCAUCGGUGAUAACAACAUUUUUGUUCAUUGCAUUUGUUUCCUUUACUUUGGUUAAAGUAGCGUUCGCUAGUGACCCUGAUAUCCUAACCGACUAUGUGUUACCACCAAACACGACGACUGCAACAGACGCAAGCUAUUUCACAUACACAGGGGUGCGAUCAAUCGUUAAUACCACCUACCCUUCAAAGUUUACAGUUAUAAAAGCUAGCUUAAAAGAAUUCCCAGGUCUUCUCGGUCAAAGUGUAUCCUAUGCUAUUCUUCAGUUCCCCGUGGGGUCUCUUAACCCGCUCCACAUCCACCCUCGGGCCACUGAACUUCUGUUUGUGAUUGCGGGCUCACUACAAGUCGGGUUUGUUGACACAACCAACACGCUUUUCAGUCAGAAACUUGAAACGGGUGACAUGUUUGUGUUCCCUAAAGGACUUGUUCACUAUCAGUAUAACGCUAAUGGUACUGAACCCGCUUUGGCGGUUUCUGCUUUUGGGAGCGCGAGUGCUGGGACGCAGUCCAUUGCUAAUAGUGUGUUUAAUAGUACUAUUUACGAGGGGAUUUUGGCUGAAUCGUUUAAAACUAGUGCGGAUGUUAUUGAAAAGAUCGAGUCUGGGCUCAAGAGCUGACCCGUUUCGUAUGUUACUUUCUUUUGUUGAGAUUGUUGCUUGAAAUAUGAAAAUAAUUGUUGACAUGAAAUCUAUGUUGUGUAUUCUAACAAAAUGUUAUCAAAAUAAGUGUUGUAUGAAAUCUUAUUGAUGUGUAACUCAUAUGCAAGUAAACAAACAAGAAUUAAACCUUUAGAAUUUGUUGCAAUGGUUAA